GGGCCCGCGGCCAAGAUGGCGGCCUACCUGCAGUGGCGGCGAUUCGUUUUCUUCGACAAGGAGCUGGUGAAGGAACCUCUGGGCAAUGAUGGGGCCGCGCCCGGAGCUGCGCCUGCCUCUGGACCCGCAGCUUCCAAGUUCCUUUCUCUCCCUCCCGGCAUCACCGUCUGCGAUUCAGGCCGAGGGAGCCUGGUCUUUGGAGAUAUGGAAGGCCAGAUCUGGUUCUUGCCCCGCUCCUUACAGCUCACAGGCUUCCAGGCCUACAAACUGCGGGUGACACACCUGUACCAACUGAAGCAGCACAAUAUCCUGGCAUCUGUUGGUGAAGAUGAAGAGGGCAUCAAUCCCCUGGUGAAAAUCUGGAACCUGGAGAAGAGAGACGGCGGCAACCCGCUGUGCACGCGCAUCUUUCCUGCCAUCCCAGGAACUGAGCCGACCGUUGUGUCUUGUCUGACUGUUCAUGAAAAUCUCAACUUUAUGGCCAUUGGUUUCACCGAUGGCAGCGUGACGUUGAACAAAGGAGACAUCACCCGGGACCGGCAUAGCAAGACUCAGAUUUUGCACAAGGGCAACUACCCUGUCACUGGCCUGGCCUUUCGCCAAGCUGGAAAGACCACUCACUUGUUUGUGGUGACAACAGAGAAUGUCCAGUCCUAUAUAGUUUCUGGCAAGGACUGCCCACGGAUGGAGUUGGACACGCAUGGUUGUGGCCUGCGCUGCUCAGCCCUGAGCGACCCUUCUCAGGACCUGCAGUUCAUAGUGGCCGGGGACGAGUGCGUCUACUUAUACCAGCCUGAUGAACGUGGGCCCUGCUUCGCCUUCGAGGGCCACAAGCUCAUCGCACACUGGUUCAGAGGCUACCUGGUCAUCGUCUCCCGCGACCGGAAGGUCGCACCCAAGUCCGAUUUCACAGGCGCCGACUCGCAGAGCUCCGACAAGCAGAUCCUCAACGUCUAUGACCUGUGCAACAAGUUCAUCGCCUAUAGCGCCACCUUUGAGGAUGUGGUGGACGUGCUCUCCGAGUGGGGCUCCCUGUACGUGCUGACGCGGGAUGGGCGGGUCCACGCACUGCAGGAGAAGGACACACAGACCAAACUGGAGAUGCUGUUUAAGAAAAACCUCUUUGAGAUGGCCAUUAACCUAGCCAAGAGCCAGCACCUGGACAGCGACGGGCUGGCCCAGAUCUUCAUGCAGUACGGGGACCAUCUCUACAGCAAGGGCAACCAUGACGGGGCUGUCCAGCAGUAUAUCCGAACCAUCGGGAAGUUGGAGCCAUCCUACGUGAUCCGCAAGUUUCUGGACGCUCAGCGCAUCCACAACUUGACUGCCUACCUGCAGACCCUGCAUCGCCAGUCGCUGGCCAACGCUGACCACACCACCCUGCUGCUCAACUGUUACACUAAACUCAAGGACAGCUCUAAGCUGGAAGAAUUCAUCAAGACGAAGAGCGAGACUGAGGUCCACUUUGAUGUGGAGACGGCCAUCAAGGUCCUCCGACAGGCUGGCUACUACUCCCACGCCCUCUAUCUGGCAGAGAACCACGCACACCAUGAGUGGUACUUGAAGAUCCAGCUCGAAGACAUCAAGAAUUACCAGGAAGCUCUUCGGUAUAUCGGCAAGCUGCCCUUCGAGCAGGCCGAGAGCAACAUGAAGCGCUAUGGCAAGACCCUCAUGCAUCACAUCCCAGAGCAGACGACCCAGUUGCUGAAGGGACUUUGCACUGACUACCGGCCCAGCCUCGAAGGCCGUGGUGAUCGGGAGGCCCCGGGUGGCAGAGCCAACUCUGAGGAGUUCAUCCCCAUCUUUGCCAACAACCCACGUGAGCUCAAGGCCUUCCUGGAGCACAUGAGCGAGGUCCAGCCUGACUCGCCACAGGGCAUCUACGACACGCUCCUGGAGCUGCGGCUACAGAACUGGGCACAUGAGAAGGAUCCCCAGGUGAAAGAGAAGCUUCAUGCAGAGGCCAUAUCCUUGCUCAAGAGUGGCCGCUUCUGCGACGUCUUCGACAAAGCCCUGGUUCUGUGUCAGAUGCAUGACUUCCAGGAUGGGGUCCUGUACCUCUACGAGCAGGGAAAACUGUUUCAGCAAAUCAUGCACUACCACAUGCAGCAUGAGCAGUACCGGCAGGUGAUCGCAGUGUGUGAGCGACACGGGGAGCAGGAACCCUCGCUCUGGGAGCAGGCGCUCAGCUACUUUGCCCGCAAGGAGGAGGACUGCAAGGAAUACGUGGCUGCCGUGCUCAAGCACAUCGAGAACAAAAACCUCAUGCCGCCCCUGUUAGUGGUGCAAACCCUGGCCCACAACUCCACCGCCACCCUGUCGGUCAUCCGGGACUACCUGGUGCAGAAGCUGCAGAAGCAGAGCCAGCAGAUUGCGCAGGAUGAGCUGCGGGUGCGGCGGUAUCGGGAGGAGACUACCCGCAUCCGCCAGGAGAUCCAGGAGCUCAAGGAGAGUCCGAAGAUUUUCCAGAAGACCAAGUGCAGCAUCUGUAACAGCGCCUUGGAGCUGCCCUCCGUGCACUUCCUCUGCGGCCACUCCUUCCACCAGCACUGCUUCGAGAGCUACUCGGAGAGCGAUGCCGACUGCCCCACCUGCCUCCCCGAGAACCGCAAGGUCAUGGACAUGAUCCGGGCCCAGGAACAGAAGCGAGACCUCCAUGAUCAGUUCCAGCACCAGCUCAAGUGCUCCAAUGACAGCUUCUCUGUGAUCGCCGACUACUUUGGCCGAGGGGUCUUCAACAAACUGACUCUACUCACCGACCCCCCGACCUCCAGGCUCACCAGCAGCCUGGAAACAGGGCUGCAGCGGGACCUGCUCAUGCAUUCGCGAAGGGGCACCUGAGCAGCCCGCAGGAAGGGGUGCGGGUGUGGAGGGAAAGGGCAGCACAGGACUGCCGGGCAGGAGGCCCUGAGACCCGGAGACAGGCCCAGGAAGCUGCACAGAUCAGAGGCCACCGCCAUCCUUCUCCUUCCUGUCCUUCUGCCUUGGCCAGCCCACUCUUCCUCCCCUUGGCUUUUUGAGCAGCACAGUCCAUUGCAGACCCGUGGGGGAGGGUACCCCAGCAACCUCUUCCAUCUGGACAAUCGCUGCUUUAUUCUCUGUCCACAAGCACCAGGCCGUGCUUGGAUCCUUGCUCCCAGAGGCUAAAAUAAAAAUAUAAUGAUUUGGGGGUAAAGGA